AUGAAGUCUAUUCGCACUCAUACUUCACGUCGCUGGUCAUCUGCAGCGGGUCUGCGGUCGACAUCCAGUACGUCAUUCAUUCCUUGUGGCCAGAAUAUCAGUCCCCAUCUCCAGCAAGGUAGUAGGGCGACAUACAUGACUCAAAGGCCUCAAAAGACACAAUCCCCAUUCAACAAAGUCUCUUCAAUCUCCAUAUGUCGCCCAAAAUAUUCAAUUGGCAAUAUUCAUCCAAGCAGGGUGCACCAACAUUCCACAUACAGCACCAACGCCACCACAGCAAAACAACCAACUAUCGACAAUGUCUUCGAGUCCAACACCGGGACAUGGCAAUACAUCGUAGCAGAUCCCGCUACAUCAAAAGCCGUCCUCAUCGACCCAGUACUGGACUACGAUCCCUGCACGCAGACCAUCACAACUACCGCCGCUGAUAGCUUACUCGCCCUCGUCAAAGAAAAGGGUUAUACAAUCGAUCGUAUUCUCGAAACCCACGCCCAUGCAGAUCACUUAACAGCCUCAUCAUAUCUACAGAAACAACUCACCCAGACGCAAGGCUUCAAACCACCCAUCGGCAUUGGCAAACGCAUCGAACAAGUACAGAAGCUAUUCGGUCAACGCUACGGUCUAGCCAAGGACGAAUACCUCGGUGUUUUCGACAAACUCUUCGACGACGACGAAUCCUUUUCCGUCGGCGAACUAACCGCAAAAGCAAUUCACCUCCCUGGUCAUACACCCGAUCACCUGGGUUAUCAAAUCGGAGACAACGUCUUCUGCGGCGACACGCUCUUCCACGCAGACAUUGGCACCGCGCGCUGCGACUUUCCCGGCGGCGACGCGGCCCAUCUGUUCAAAUCUGGUCGUCGACUUCUUAGUCUAGAGGAUCAUGUCAAGAUCUGGCCUGGGCAUGAUUAUCCGCCCGAGGGACGGGAUCCGGUGCCGUGGAUGAGUGUGCGUGAUCAGAGGGAGCAGAAUAAGCAUUUGAGGGAUGUGGUUAGUGAGAGGGAGUUUGUGGAGAUGAGGACGGAGAGAGAUAGGGGUCUUAGUGCGCCGAGGUUGUUGCAUCAGUCGUUGCAGGUUAAUAUUCGGGCUGGACGGUUGCCGAGGAAGGAAGAGUCGGGGCAUCGAAUGUUGAGGUUGCCGUUGAAAUUGGGUGGGUUGGAUUGGUAG